ACUAUGUAUAUAUUUACAUACAUGUGUAGCAUGAUUGUUGCAUUUAAUACAUUUUAAGCAGCAUGUGUAAGAAUUUUGCACAAGUUAUUAAGAGAAUUUUACGUAAAGCUUGUUCUAAACUCUAAAUUACAUUUUUAUUUAAUAAUAUUCUUUUCCUUAACAACGUACAACGUGAAUUACUUUUCUAUAUAUUCAUAUAAAUAUGAAAUCUCACACAUAAUUAUUAUUGUUGGCGAACAUUUUCAAAUUAUGCAAAAAAAAGUUAGCGACAAGUAUUUUUGAAAAUAUUGAAAAUAUCUCUGUCUUAUUUAUUUUCUCCAUUGACUUUAUCUUGUGAUUUUGCGGUUGUAAAGCUAUAGUAUAAUCGACAAUCUUAUUGGAGCUCUGAUAUGUGUGGAAUAUUUUCUUGUAUACACCAAGCUAGAAACGACUCUGAAUCUUUUACGCAGUGGAAUAUUUGCAAAAAUGUAAUAGCUGCACGAGGUCCCGAUCAUUUAACGGAGAAACAUGUAUUGUUGACUCCUCAUUGGCAUGGAUAUUUUGCUGCUGCAGUAUUAUGGAUGCAAGGACCAGAGAUAAUAACGCAGCCAAGUUUGGAUAAUGAUAAUAAUCUGUUACUAUGGAAUGGAGAUGUUUUCUCAGGUUGUUUGGCAAAAGAUGAUAUCUGCGAUACAAAUGUGAUAUUGGAUGAAUUGCAAUCAACUACAGAUAUUACAUCUGUACUUCGGAAGAUUGAAGGUCCUUACAGCUUAAUAUAUUAUCAGAAAUCAACCAAUACAUUAUAUUUUGGACGAGAUAUUAUCGGACGGCACAGUUUGCUUUUAAAAAUAGAUAGUAAAGCUAAAUCAUUGACUUUAACUUCAGUUGCAAACAAAAAUAUGAAAGGAAUCAUAGAAGUGCCAGCUAUAGGUAUCUUUGCGAUGAAUUUAAACAAUUCUGGGAUAAAUUUAGCAUGUUAUCCCUGGAAAGAACCUGAUUUGAGAUUUACCGAUGUUAUCGAGACAUUGGAGACAACUUUAAAUGUAGACAUUAAUAUUAGGAAAACUAUAUUAGAUACUAAUUCGUCGUUGACGAAUUUAUAUCUACAUCCUGAUCUAAAAGAAUUGGAAUAUCUAGAAAAUAUACCAGAUAGUAUAGAUUUUAAUGAGACAUUGCAGUAUUUAUUGGAAAAUCAAGAAAUAAAUGAAAGAGUUGAGUGCUUAGCACAACUCUUACAUCGAUCUGUGAAAAUUAGAGUAAAAAAGAAACCAAAUUAUUGCAAGGAUUGUAUAAAAAUUGUAAUCAGUGGUGAAAAUAUUACUUGCACUCAUUCCAAGAUUGGUAUACUAUUUUCCGGUGGCUUAGACUCGGCCAUUCUAGCAGUGAUUGCAGACAAAUACGUUCCAGAAAACGAAAGUAUCGAUCUCAUUAACGUUGCAUUUGAAAGAUCUAAUCAGAUAAAUAAUCAAAAAAUAAAUCAUACAAAUAGCGAAAAGGAAAAUACAAUGCAGAAAUAUGAUGUGCCAGAUAGAAAAACUGGUCGACAAACAUAUUCUGAAUUGUUACGAAUUUGUCCCAAUAGGAAAUGGAAUUUCAUACAAUGUAAUAUCACCCAAAUGGAAUUGCAAUUGUAUCGUGCUUCGCGAAUUUCCGAUUUAUUGCACCCUUUAUGUACCAUAAUGGAUGAAAGUUUAGGAUGUGCCAUGUGGUUUGCAAGUCGUGCAAGGGGUAUCCUUUAUCCAGUUGAUGAAAUGUACGAGUCACCAUGCAGAAUAUUACUCUUGGGUAUAGGUGCAGAUGAAUUAUUUGGUGGAUACAUGAGACACAGAACUAUAUUGAGACAUAAAGGAUGGGAUGCACUAGUGCAAGAGCUAAAUAUCGAAUUGGCUAGAAUUUCUGAGAGAAAUUUAGGUCGAGACGAUCGGAUUAUUUCUGAUCAUGGUAAACAGUCCCGUUUACCCUAUCUAGAUGAGAAUGUGGUGAAAUACGUGCAGGAUAUAAAACCAUGGGAAAGAUGCUAUCCAACUGAGAAAAUGCCAAGUGGAUUGGGAGACAAGUUACUAUUACGCUUGCUAGCUUGCAAGAUCGGUUUCCAGAGUACGGCUAACUUUCCUAAAAGAGCUUUUCAAUUCGGCUCUAGAAUCGCAAAUGGAAAAGAAAAUGCUAAUAAUGUAUCAGAUAGAUUGUAAAAGAUUUAUAGUUUGUUUUUCAUGGCGAGGAAUUGUUUCUCAAUGCAUCGCAUGCCAUGUUCCGAAGAUACAUCUGUAAAGUAGUUUUGCCACCGAAAAAGUCAACAGACAAAUGAAAGCGUCCCGGAACGAA